AGAAGACUGCAGGAGUCAGGAUGACAUUAUCAAAGACAAUAGGACAUGUGAUUGUUCUUCUGGUUAUAUGCACCAGUCUGGAUCAUCAGGGACACGCACAGAGUCUGAAUGUCUUUUCUCAGGAAGCAUCAAGUUCAAAAACAUCCUCCAUUCAUGUCAGAGAAAAACGAGAAACUUCUUUAAAAUCUACUGAUUAUGAGAUCCAGGCGACUGUGGGGAUUUCAGACCUGGAGAGUCUCCAAGCACUUCUGAACACACUCACAUUUCCUUUACUGUUCAGCAACUCAAUUAAAGUCGACAGCAUGGGCACCACAACAGUGUGUUCCGUACAUACGACUGGAUACCAAUGCACGUGUGAGGAGAGCUUUGCUUGGUCGCUUGACAGCUGCAUUAACCACGAGGCCUGUGAUGCCAUCGUUGGUGACACGUGUGGAUGCAUUAAUGGGCUCCCAGCAGAUGGCCAGUACUGCCAGUCAAACACCACCGAGUCGAGGACCUUCUCAUUUUCUAUGAAUAUGGAAUAUGAUCCUUCAUUCAAUGAGCCAAGCCAUGCAGUCUACCAAGACAUCAAUAACACUAUUCAAAACCAAGUUAGGACACACUUCCCAGCUCCAGUUUCAGCACAAUUAAUUGGUUUCAGGAAUGGAAGCACUAUCGCUACCUAUACUGUCAUUGCCACUUCUUUUCCAGAGACACAAACUGAAGCACUAAAAGUUGGAUUAUUUACAAAUCUGGCACAAAAAUACUCAAUGAUAUAUGACAGUGAGACACUCUUACAGUUUAAUCCAACUGAAGUAUUUUUUGGUCGGAGUGUGACUGUGACAUGCGGCCCUCCACCAGGACAUCUCAAUUUUGGUACCAACUGGACUGCAGAGUGGAGACAUAACAACGAGCUCAUAAGUGCAGACACAGAGCACAGCUUUUUAAUUCAGAAUGGAGCAGCAGCAUUAACUGUGUCCAGAUUUUUUAGCACUGAUAAUGGACUCUAUGACUGUCAGCUGAAACGGGCAGACAACACAGUUUUUCGACAGAAAUCCAGUGAAGCCUUCAGUUUGAAAGAUACACCCGUGAUCCGAGUGAAACCGGUCAGAAAAAACGUGCGGUGUGGGGGUGACAAUGUGACACUGCAGUGCUCUGUCAACAGUCCCUACGAGGUGGAGUUGCUGGGCUUUGAAACUGCAGUUGCAGGUGUGAACAUCACAGUUCCAUUUUCAGUCCCUGCCAGCUGUACAAACCUGGAAAGGAAUUUUACUUGUCAAACAAAAACCAGUCCAGUAUUUAAAAAAGAAAUUGUACUGGAGUUAUCUGGAGAUGAAUUUGUAUGCUCGGAUCCAGAAUUUGGUGAUGGAAUUAUAGGCUUCAGGGCUGUAGCAGAGUGCGAAGACGACAAGGUGGGAGAAAAGACAGCAGUUUGUAAGGCAAAUGGUGAAUUCGAAGAUCGACAAGACAACUGCGUCCUCCGACCCAUUCAGCAGCUGCAAUCCGAGUCUGAGAAUUUGAAUAUCAAUAGCCUGCCAGGUUUCUUGGAGAGACUCGGCAACGUCACUGUCAACUUCACUGUGGAAGUUGUUGAAUCUCCUGCCACCAUCAGGGCAAUUUCUGACAUAUUCAACAAUGUAGCCAACACAUUGUUAUCAUUGGAUGCGUCAAUAAACACAACUUCAAUGGAGGAUGUCCUGCUGACUGCAGGUGUUCUUACUACAGACGAGGCAAAGGAAUCAUGGGACUUUAUAAACACCAAUGACACCAGAAACAGCCCAGCAACGAGAAGUACCAACACCUCAGCUGAAAGUGUCAGCUCAUCAUUACUGCAGUCUCUUGAGACUAUAACAACACGACUUACCAGUGGCACGUUCAACAUUGAGACACCUUCUAUUCUGUUGAACAAAACCACAUUCGAAAACACUUUCAAUGCUGACUUUGAUUCUUCAGUGGAGAUAAACAUAACAGAGCCUGAUGGAGGAAAUCAGUCAAUCACUGUGUUAACGUUUGAAUCAAUGGAUAACGUACUUCCUGCAAGAGAUGAAGCCAAUUCAUCUGUUAACGUUAUCAAUGGCAGAGUUGUACUUGUUCAGUCCAAUAGCAGCAUCAGUAAUAUUUCUUUCACGUUUGAUAUUACAAACAAUAGUCUGGGAAAUCCACAAUGUGUUUUCUGGAACUUCAGCCUCUUCGAUGGUCUUGGAGGGUGGGACGGUGAAGGCUGCACUUUGGUAUCUGAUGACACCGAAACCGUCACCUGCAACUGCAACCACCUUACCUCAUUCUCCAUCCUUAUGUCGCCCUACAGUCCAGAUGAUGUCCCUGGAUUGGCCUAUGUAAGCUACAUUGGAGUUGGAAUAUCCAUGGCGUCCUUGGUCAUAUGUCUCAUCAUUGAAGCGGUCAUUUGGAGAAAAAUCCGAAAGAACAACACAUCUUACUUGCGACAUGUUUCCAUCGUUAACAUCGCAGUGUCCCUACUGAUUGCAAACAUUUGGUUUAUCAUUGGGGCAGCCAUUUCUGACACAAAGGAAGAAAACCCACCAGCAUGCUCUGCAGCUACCUUUUUUAUCCAUUUUUUCUACCUAGCCCUGUUCUUCUGGAUGCUAGCAUCAGCCUUGCUGUUGCUCUACCGUGCAGUCAGUGUAUUUGAUGGAGGUUUGUCUAAAACAUCCAUGUUGGCUAUUGGAUUCUGUUUAGGCUAUGGGGCACCUCUCAUCAUUGCAACCAUAACCAUAGCUGUAACUGCACCCCAAGAAGCAUACAUUCAAGAAACUGGGGUCUGCUGGCUCAACUGGCAAGCAUCCAAGGCUCUGCUGGCAUUUGUGAUCCCAGCACUGCUAAUAGUGGCAAUAAACUUUGUGAUCCUGCUUGUGGUGAUAUACAAAAUGUUGAGGAGAAGGGUCGGGGGAGACGCAGCACAAGCUGGUGAGAGACAUGUUCUCGUGGUUAUUGCCAGGAGUUUGGCUGUGCUCACACCAUUUUUUGGAUUAACUUGGAGUCUGGGAGUGGGACUCAUGGUUGACCCAUUCAACACUGCAAUCCAUUAUUCAUUCGCAUUCUUCAAUUCACUGCAGGGUUUCUUUAUAUUGGUGUUUGGAACACUUUUGGACAAAAAGGUGCGGUCAGAAAUAGCAAUGAAGUCACAAACUUCAAGAAGUGGGACAAGGAGCACCAGUGCUGGAACAUUAUCAAGCAGACUUGGAUUUUUUCGGAAAUGGAAACGAAGAAAAGGCGUCUACAACAUAUCAUCUGGUGCAUCCAAUGAAACACGCUCUUUCGGCAGCACCUGAUAAUCUGGACAGCUCUAGUUAAAUCAGCUCUUUUUUGUUUGUUUCUUUUUACUUUUUUUGUUUUUUAGGAAGGAAAACAAGGGAAAGGUACAAAAGUUGCAUUAAUAUCCAAAGCAUAAUAUUACAUCCAAGAAGAGUCAUGUUUGCUCUUUUGAGAAAAUGAACAAAGCAUCAGUUGAGUCAUUUUCUGAAGGUUUCAUGUAAAGUAAUGGUGUGCUGUGUAAUACACACCAGCAAAAUGUUUUGGUAUUUGUUGUAGCCAUUUUCAAUUAGAUCACAGUUGGGUUUGGUGUGUAUUUAAUGUAAAGGUUUAUUAGAUGUAUUGUAGUAAUAGUUAUGUUUGUUUGUCUGUUUAGAGGACUUUUUUGUUUAUCAUUUAUUAGAUAAGAACAUGUCUGUCUCUACACGUAGCAACUAUUUGUAACCACUCGCUAUCAGAUCGUAGUUGUUUCCAAUGAAAAGGGAUGUAUGUGUUUCCCAAGAGGAGCUCAUAGAGAGAUAGAUUCUGUAUCUGCUGUAACAUUGAAUAGAUUUUUAUACUUUGCACAGGCUGUGAUAAGGUAUACCGGGAGAUUCCACUUCAUUUCAAUCAAGGCAAAUACAUAUAAUGGUGUGUAAUCAUUGUGCAAUUUGAAAUCAACCAAAUGUCCACAAAGUACAUGCAAACUGGCUCUUCUUUUGGUUUGCUUUGCUAAUCAAAUCAGUUCGAGAGAGCAAGGCUGUCUGACACAGAUCACUGGACUUGUUUACUGAAGGGGUGGCAUCACAAUGAUAAAUUGACCCGAACGGUUCUGUCAGUCAAAUAUAGUUCUGAGUGGCAAAGGGAGAAUCAGGAAUUGAUUUUAUUUAUUAAUAUGUAGCAUCUGCUGGUGAUUUCACAUGCUAAGGAGCAA